AUGUCAGGGACUUCUUUUUUGGGGGUUGCUUCUCCUACUGGUUCUUGGUCUUCUAUUUGGCGCUGCUGGACACUGUCUAAGGUGCAACACUUCCUUUGGCAAUGUUGUUUUCAUGCCUUGCCAGUUCGUGUUGCGUUGCUAGCUUGCGGGUGUGCGGUGUCUCCUCUUUGUCCUUGCUGUGGGUUACAGGAGGAGUCCGUGGUGCAUCUUAUUUUUUCUUGCCCUCAUUAUUUUCAGGUGUGGAAGUUAUCUCCGUUGCGCUUUGAUUUUUCUGCUUUGUCUUUUUCUUCGUUCCAAGUUGGCUGGCGUUUUUUGGUGCACAAGGCUAUGGUCUCCUCGGAUUUUGCGAAUGUUCUUAGCCUGAUCUCCUUUUGUGUCUGGGGUAUUUGGAAAGCCCAGAAUCGGUUGGUUUUUGAGGGGGUUUUAUGGCGGCCGGAGGUUGUGGUGCAAAAGGCUGUUGCUAGUUUUUGGGAGUUUCAUGAUGCUCGUUUCCUCUGCUCUUCAGUGCAACCUCAGUUGGCUGGUGCGUUGGUGGAGUCGUGGAGUCCCCCUCCAUCGGGUUUUGUUAAGUGUAAUUUUGAUGCGGCUUUUUGUAGGCAGUCUUCGCAAGGGGGUGGCGCUGCUGUUUUCCGGGAUCUUUAG